CUUCAGCAUUUCUGCUACUCUUCUACAGAGCGUCUUCACCACCACCUCCACAGCCCAUCAUCAACAUGGCCCUCUGGCUCCAAGCUGUGUCUCUGCUGGUGCUGCUGGCCCUCUACCCUGGGGCAGACGCUUCAGCUGCCCAACACCUGUGUGGCUCUCACCUGGUGGACGCCCUCUAUCUGGUGUGUGGAGAGAAAGGAUUCUUUUACAAUCCAAAGAGAGAUGUGGAUCCCCUGACAGGGUUUCUCUUUCCAAAACCGGCCCAGGAGAACGAAGUUGCCGUGUACCCGUUCAAAGACCAGAUGGACAUGAUGGUAAAGAGAGGCAUCGUAGAGCAGUGCUGUCACAAGCCUUGCAACAUCUUCGACCUGCAGAACUACUGCAACUGAGGCCUGUCGCACCGCUUAGCCUGCUCUUCUCUCUGCCACUCUCCAAUGCUCAGAGGCAUCAUCCCCGUCUCAAAGAAAAGCUUCAAGUGCAGACAAGAAAUGGCAUAGACAUGUUUUAUUUUUCCUAGAAAAUAAAGUUCUAUGAAAUGA